AUGAUAAAAUUAAAUUUCUGGAUAAAAUCCAUUAUUAUUGGAUUAGUAUCAUUUAUUUAUAUUUAUUUAUUUGUGUUUAGUGUAAACAAAACAAAAGAUUUGGAAAAAUUAGAAAUUGAAAAUAAUAAAUUAAAUUUUGAAAAUGAAAAAUCAAAUAUAUCAAUAUUAAAAUAUAUAGAAACUAUUAAUAAUUUAAAUAAUACAAUUAAAAAUUUAAAUUUUUCAAUUGAACAAUCAAAACAACAAUUAAUUCAAAUGGAAAAUAGUUUUAAUAAAGAUUUAAAAUUAUUACAAAAUUCAUUAAAUGAAUGUGAAGAAAUUAAAAAUAAAUUAAAAAAUAAUAAAAACAAUAAUAAUAAUAAUAAAAAUAAUAAUAAUAAUAAUAAUAAUAAUAAUAAUAAUAAUAAUAAUAAAAUAUUAUUAAAUAAUAAAAAUGAAAUUAUACCGAUUUUAAUACCAACAUAUAAUAGAACAAAUUAUUUAGAAAAAACAAUUAAAUCAAUUUUAAAAAUUAGAGAUAAAAAUAAAGAAAAAAUUAAAAAAUUCCCAAUAAUAAUAUCACAAGAUAUUUGUAAAAAGAAUGAUAAUCAAAAUGAAAAUGAAAAUUGUAAAGAAAUGAAUGAAUAUUUAGAGGAAAUUAAUUUAAAUUAUCAAGGUAUAAUAGUAUUAAAGAAUUUACAAAAUGGUAAUUUAGUGUUGAAUUCAACAUAUGAAUCAAUAUCAAGACAUUAUAAAUGGGCAUUGAGUCAAAUAUUUGAUAAAUUAUCAUUUGAUAAAUUAUUAAUUGUUGAAGAUGAUUUAGAAGUUUCAUUAGACUUUUUAGAUUAUUUUGAAAAGGUAUCACCAUUAUUAGACAUUGAUAAAUCGUUAUUCUGCAUUUCAGCAUGGAAUGAUAAUGGUAAGAAACCAUUAACAAAUGAGAAUCAAAAACAAGCGAUUACUCAAUUCUAUAGAACUGAUUUCUUCCCUGGACUAGGUUGGCUCACAACUAAUAGAUUCUGGAAUGAAAUUAAGGAUAACUGGCCCACCCAAUACUGGGACGACUAUUUAAGACAGCCAUCAGUGAUUAAAGGAAAACAGUGUAUCAGACCAGAGAUAUCACGUGUUAAAAAUAUUGGUAUCAGUGGUGCAACCAGUCAACAAGUUUAUGAAAAUUAUAUAAAAGAAAUCAUUAGUAUCACAGAUGACCAAUACCCAAUUAAUUAUAGUGAUGUUGAUAUCCAUCAAUUAAUAGAACCAACAUAUUCAAAUAAAUUAAAAGAAUCAAUAACAAAUGCAAAAUUAAUUUAUCCAUAUGAAAUUGAAACUUUUGGUUACAAAAAUCAAACUUUAAAAAUCAUAUUCAAAGAUCAAUAUGAUUAUCAAAUGUUAGCCAAACAAUUUGGUUUAAUUGAUGACCAACGUGAAGAAAUUCAACGUACAUCUUUUAAAAAAAUAGUUUCAUUUUAUUUUAAAUCAAAUUUAAUUUAUUUUAUACCAAAUCAAAUUAAUUGGUAA